UUGGUUUUUGACCUUGGAUAUGGCUUGAUAUAACUCAUUUGUCGUCAUUUGGGUUUUGGGGUCUGGUCAGACUUGAAUACUUCAAUGAUCAAUCCCCUAUUUACGCCGUCUGAUCAACUGUUGCGGUUACCAACCCCGGACAACACCAACACUAACAACUUGCUGUUAAGUGUUCAUAUCGCCUACACGCACAAAGUCCCAACACUUAUACUUUUCCAACGCAAUCAAUCCAGAGGGGAGAAAACAACUACAAACCGGUUGUCAAAAAAUAAAAAAGAAACAAAAUGCCCACAGUCCUAGGCCUGACAAACGAGAAACGCCAGUCGCCGCCCGGCAGCGGGCCGCACAUUUCGUCGUCGACCACCAUGGGUUCCAACGCGCGCCUCGACACCAUCUCGAAGCGCAACCACGCGUCGGCCCGCGAGAUGGAGACGCUUCUCUGGCGCGCACUCUGCGACGAGCCCGAGACGCUUCGCGAAUACCUCGCUCACGACUGCAUCAUGAUCAACCCGCUGCUGGCCCCCGGCGGCUCGAGCGAGCCCCUGAGCAAGGAGACGCAGCCGAGCGUCGUGGACGUGCUGCAGCGUGCCGCGGACAGGAAGAAAUUUACCGGGUACAGGUUCCACGGGGAGCCGUUGGUUGUGGAGGUGGAUUUGAUGGCAGUUGCGUUAGUGUAUAAAAUUAGUCUGUUUAGGUACGGGCGGAAGGGAGUUAGGGAGGUGGUGGCGAGCUGCAGUAGUACGUGGAGGCAGACGGCUGGGGCGGAUUGGUUGUUGGUUGCGUUCCAUGUGCAAUAUGCUGAUGAUGAGGAUGAGGAUGAGGAAUAGGGGAGGGGGUUAUCGGGUGGGAUGAGGGCUGGUGUUGGGUUUCUGAUAUAGGUAGGAUAUCAUGGAUUGGAUCUCUGGUUAGGAGUACUGGCUGUCACGUCACGUUUCAUUAUCAAUUUUUCUUGCCCCGGCAUGGGAUAUCUAUGAAAUGAAACCAAAAUGCAGAUAACUGGAAGCAUAGGUACUAAACCAUGCACGUAGGUAACUUCAUAAGUCUCC